AUGUUUUUAUAAUGACAACGUUGAACUAAUUCUGACAUAUUUUUUUACGACUUUUCGUGGUUUUUUUUACAUUAUAUAGGUACUUAAUUGUUAUUAUGCAGGGCGUUAAGAUACGCAACGAAUUAUUUUCUCCGAGGAAUUUGCAAUGUGUUACUGUUAACAAUUUUGGGCCGAACAGUGACCAUAAGAGCUUCAUAAACAGCGUCCAGAACGUUCGUAACACUCUCGGCUCUUUAGAAAGAAGUAUAGGGAAGUCCAAGGAGUAUGAGCAGAAGUUGUUACAAUGUAGAGGGUCGCACUCCCAUUCACACGGAGCCAAUGAGUGGUGGGACAGUGAUCACUCGGAGGAGAAGAGCUUCAAGUGUAAUACUACUACCACAAGCAACAGCAAAUCAAGUGAAACCAAUGAGGAGUACACAGACACCUGGUCCACCAUGAGCAUUGUGUGCCUGCAGUACCAAUAUGAAGAGUUAGCAAAGCGCUAUCAAAUCCUAGUGCAAGCGUACGAAGAUCAAUGCAACGCUGUCGGUUUGUGCGACAAACGUUUGGACCAAUGGCGUGAACGCGCAAACUCGACGCAGGCGCAUCUCACGCAUGCGCACAAAACGCUCAUCGCUGUCGGGGAAAAAUACCUAGCUCUCAAAAACAAAUGUAACCUGAAAAAAGCCUGGUACAAAGAGCAGUUGGCAGCUAUGAAGCAGUCCCUUCAUGACAUGAUGGAGGCCACAACUCGGGCGAGAAUGAAGUUCGACGCAAGACUGGAAUACUGCAUGGCCAACGAACAUGACGCUGACGCAGCGCUUCUACUUUACGAAGUAAGUAGGCAAACCAUCCGCAGAUGCAACCUCCUAUUUCUUGAGAAUAUGCGUCUGAAAGCCAUCAUUGAAGAGCUGGUACCCGGUGCGGUGAACUGGAAAACUUGAACAUGUUUCUAUUUCGACAUUUGUAUGUUUAAUUGCUUUAUUUAAAUAGAUAUUAAACAAGAUUUUCAUAGAAAAAUGAUUUUAUUUCUUUGUAAAAUAACACUUUUGCUAUAAAAAUUGGGUAAAAAUUGGUUAAAUACUAGUGUGAUUAUGUAAACAUUAUUACACAAACGAUUAGGUACUGUACUCAAAUUAUUUACAACUAGCUUCCACCCGCGACUCCGUCCGCGCGGAUGUCGGUUUUCGCGUGGAUGUUUUAUUUCUCCAUUUUGAGUAACUCUGAAAAUGACAUCUUAUAAAUAUCUAUUGGACCCAAAUACGGCCAUAAUAAUUAAUUUCCCUCUAUUGAGCUACUGCUGUUGAGCUCGCGUUCUGUAGAAUAAAACUGGAAAAUAAAAAUAUUUUUUUCUACGUAUUUUUCCAGGUUGACGAUCAUCCGGGUUAUCUCCAGUUCUCACUCGCAUGUUUAUAGUCAAAUGCACCGAUUGUAUAUCAAGCCACAAAUAAGAGCUUUUCAGGCAAGCUCUAACCUCAUCAGCUCGGGUUCCCCGUGGUAUUACCGGUAAGGUUUGUCGGAAAUCACCACAAAAUAAAACCGUGAUACCGCCCAUUGGUCGAUCAUUUUGUCUGAUAUCCCUUAAAGUUCUGUCUACCGCUUCUACUCCUUUUCGAUGGGCCAUCGUACAUUCAUCCCAUAUGAUUAAAUUACAGUCACGUAAUACCCUAGCUUUGUCGCUAUUUCUUGAUAUACUACAGGUUGGAGUUUCCGUGCGAUCUAAAUCAAUUGGUAUUUUAAACAUAGUGUGAGCAGUUUUACCUCCUGGUAACAAUGUUGCAGCUAUACCCGAUGAAGCCACGGCAAGAGCAAUUUUACACUGAUUUCGAACAUAAGCUAAUAUUAAUUUAGUCAAAAAGGUUUUUCCAGUUCCUCCAGGUGCAUCUAAAAACCACAUUGUUCCCGAAUCAUUCUGAACACUCUCACAUACGCGAUCAUAGACUGUACGUUGUUCUGCAGUCAUCAUUGGGACACCGUUUUCUAAUGUUGCCAACAGUUCCAUUGAGUUGUAACCAAUCUCUGCGGAAUAUUCACUAUUGAUAACCUGUCCGACUGAGGUUGGUGUUGGCAAACCAUAUUCACAGAGUGAUUUACCGCCUACUGCUGUUAAGUCUUCCUGAAGAGCUAAUAAGCACUGAUUUAUGGCAAGAUCACGGAAAUUAUCAUUAUUUGCACCUUCGUCAUUAUGAGACAUAUUCCGAAGAAAGUCUUCUGCAAAUUUUUCUUUAUAUUUUUCCCAUAAUUGUACAGCAUCUGACAAAUUACAAAAUGUGAGUAAUGUUACAAAUAAAUGACGUAACCGUCGUGGAUUAUCACUUACACAGGAUUCUGCUAAAGCGUCAUCCCAAUGCUGAUCAUUUUCAAGCAAAUGACGCGCUUGGCAAGCUGCAUGAUAAGUUGGAUAAACAAUGUCAUCUACUUUUUUCAAAUCAAUAAAUGAAGUUGGUCCUCGCACUGUAUGUAACAAUAAUCGCAAAAAGAAACAUUCAGCGUUAUUGGGAUGAACGGUAUACACUCUACCAAGAACAUGUUCUUUGAAAAUAUCUGACUCGCCUUCAACAGGCCUGCCACGGCGUCUACGAUUAAAGACACCUCGUUGCUUAUCGUAGGUAUAAUACGAUGGAACUUCCUCAUACAAAAGAGAUUUAGCAAAAUCAUCAAUUUGGCAAAGUCGAAAGAAUGCUAAUAAAGUUGUUUGUCUAGGGUUCUCUAAUCGUUCUGUAACAUUUUCUGCGUUAAAAUAUAUACGUUGACCGCCUUCAAGAUGAACAUCCAGAUGAGUCACAGGUGGAUAUCUUUCGUGAAUGUUAAAACUUAAGAUCCGCCACACCGCUUCUGAAGAGCUAAUAUAUCUGCCUGACUGAAAUCUAGUGACUUCAUCGUGUUCAUUUCGCAACGCAACUGUAGCUUGGUCGCUACCCUUGUUGAUAUACUUACAGAUAUAUUUUAUAGAUUGUACACUAUUACAUAUUUCAACGUUUAUGUGAGCUUGAAAUGUUCUAGACAACACGGGCGAAUACGGAACGACCCACCUAUUAUCUAGAGUAACCUGUUGUCCAGAUACUCGCUUUUCAACAAUAAAACCACCAUUAUCCCUUGAACGGCGACGAUAUAAUGGGUAUCCAUCAUCUCCUGUUACAGUUUCAUCCACUAAGGCUUUUGGAUAUCUUUUAGUGCAACGACCAUCUUGCAUGCAAGGAGCAUUCCUGUUAAAUGCACCACAUGGACCAUGUAUCAUAUGAGUUUUAACAAUGUCGUAUAACAGAGGAUCUGCAAUUGGAUCUGGAAUUUCAGCACUGAUUGAACUAUCUACAUCAUUAGGUCGAACCUUAUCUUUUAACCAAAGCAGGAUAUGUGCGUGAGGUAAGCCGCGUUUUUGCCACUCAACACUAUACAUAUAACACAAUACUUCUCCAAAAAUGUUAUCUUUGGUGAGUAGAUGUAUCAUUGAUUUUAAUUUUAAAUGAAAAACUCUUGCGAUAAUAUCAUGGCGGUCAUGCGGUGCUUGACCUUCGAGAAGCUCCCGAGUGAUUUCAGCCCACUUGGGAUUGGUAGUCACAGUAAUAAAUAAGUCGGGACGUCCAUAUUUUCUUACGUAACAAAAAGCAUCUUGAAAAACUAACUACUAUAAUUAAUAAUACCUAUACCUAUAAUUAAUAAAAGUACCUACGCUUUUACCUACUUAAUAUAAACUACUAACUAACUAACUAACUACUACUAACCUAUUACUACUUCACCUAAAAAGAAAUAAAAUUUAAACUAUUAAUAAUUUGCAAUUUUAACGAAUAUAAUACACUACCAAAAUAACUAAUACCUAUUUUAUAAAAUAACAACAAAAGAAAACUAAAUAAACGAAAUAUAAAAGUACCUACGCUUUUACCUACUUAAUAUAAACUACUAACUAACUAACUAACUACUACUAACCUAUUACUAAUAAUUACUAUCACCUAAAAAGAAAUAAAAUUUAAACUAUUAUUAAUUUGCAACGAAUAUAAUACACUACUUACUAAAAUAACUAAUACCUACUUUAUAAAAUAACAACAAAAGAAAACCAAAUAAACUAAAUUUAUUUAAAGACUAUGUCACGCUGAUACACUAUAUUGUUUGUCAAUAAGGUCGAAUGCUCGGGACGUCUACUCGCAUCAACAGCCAAAUAUUGUAUGAAGUUCGUAUUUGGAUCCGCCGCCUUUUUAUACCUCCCGGGGCUAGCCGCGCCGAGCGCGGUGACUGUUACACAAAAAUAAUCCUUAUUGCAUGAUUCAGUAUUCACGCACGAUGGCUUAUUAGCGUAAUUCAUGUAUAUAUUUGGUGUUUCUGUACCGAUUUUUAUGUUUUUUUUAUUAAAUAUGUAAUAAUAUUAAUAUUUUUUAAUUAGGGAUGAAUUAGAUUGUUAUAAGUAAGAGUAGACAAAUAUAAUCAGAAAGCUCCGAACUGCUAAGCUAUCGGGAGUUAUACGUGUUAUUGUGAGUCAACCAUAAGAGAUACACAUUAAAUUUGCUGUCGUGGAAUAUUUUUUUAACAAUUUUAAGGAGAACAUUUCCGUCAUACAUUAUUUCUGUGUAGCUUUAACCAUUAAGGCUGCACACGCGACGGAAGCUUAAAAAAUGGAGUAAGUUCUCCUGUUUUCCCAACAUUUCCCUUCGCUGCUCUGCUCCUAUUGAUCGUAGCGUGAUGAAAAGUAUACAAUAACCUGCCCAGGAGUAUGAAGAACAAUUGUACCAAGUUUCGUUGAAAUCUGUCGAGUGGUUUUUGUUUCUAUAAAGAACAUACAGACAGACAGACAGGCA